CUGCCCACAAUUUCCGGCAACAUGGAGGCAGUGGUGGCUGACGUCGUAUCUCCAGAAGAUUUAAAGAGGUUCGAGAAGAAAUACAACUUGGAGCUGGCGAAGGGGGCAGUGUCCAAAGAAACCAAGUUUGAGUAUGCAUGGUGUUUAAUUAGAAGUAAAUAUACAGACGACAUGAGGAAAGGGAUUCAGCUAUUGGAGGAUCUGGUACAGAAGAGCUCAAAGGAUGACCAGAGAGACUUUCUGUUCUAUCUGGCUGUUGCAAACUACAGACUUAAGGAAUAUGAAAAAGCACUAAAGUACAUUCGUAUCCUGCUAAAGAAUGAACCUGGAAAUAAUCAGGCUAUUGAGAUGGAAAAGCUCAUCAAUCAAGCACUAAAGAAAGAUGGGCUGGUUGGCAUGGCUAUUGUUGGAGGCAUAGGCUUGGGCGUGGCAGGAUUGGCAGGAUUGAUUGGGUUGGCUGUGGCAAAAUCGGGAAAAUCCUAACGAGGAAGUUAGGUUAUAAGGUUAUUUAACUUGGAGGAUUCUGCUUAAAAUUAAUAACACCAGGAAGUGGACUAACUAAUAUAUCUUGUGAUGUUUUCUCUUUUUUCUCUAUAUAUGACUUGUCCAAAAUAUUCACAGCUUAAUUUUUACAAAAUAGUCUCAUAUUUUAUCCAUUACAUGUGUGUGUAUUAAAAUCUUCGGGUUAAUUAUCUCCAUGAUACUUCCUUUAACAAAUAUGUACUUUCUUUACCAACAGUUUGAAAGUAAGGUAUAUAGAAGUGUAAUUCUAACAAGAGUUGUUGCAUUGUAAUAUAAACAUAUAUUUUGUUUAUAUUUUUUUUCAUAAUAUAUGUGUAAUACAGAAAUCCAAGUAGUUGUCUGUCUGUUUUUAUAUCAACCAAGGUUGUCUCAUUAGUAUAGUAUGAUAUGACCAAAGUCCAGAUUGUUCUUGUAAUCACGAGAACCUUCGUUGCUUUCCAAGUAUCUUUGUUAGAUAUGGAGUUUGCUCUCACGUGUGCCUACUGUAAUGUUACUGUCUUGUGUGUUCGGAAUCCAAGUCUGAGUGUAUAUGGUUUGCAUGCUAAUCAAUUGUGCCCGUUUCACUGAAGCACCUGAAAAGGGAACUAAUAUUAUCAGUAUUCAGACAUCUAACAAGUGUAUUACAGACAUCAGUAUGCAAUGACAAUUUGUGGUUUUACAACUAAAAUGUGCUAUUAACCUUUUUUAAAAGGGAUGUGUAUGAGCUGUAAUGUGAUCACACCUUACCACCUUAAUGUUACUUUAGCUCUUGCAUUAUACAGAACUGAUGCCACUCUGCCCUGAUAGAUUCAGUCAAAACAAUAGUGCCUUGGGAGAAACAAAUUGUUUAUAAUUGCACAUACAACCUUGUCUCAUUUUCAACAGUACUGCUGGUUGUUCUCCCAAUGUUGAUCAUCACUGGAGCUAAGAUUUUUUUCGGCACGUCACUGAUUUUUACAACAGGAUAGAUUAUGACUGCCAUCACUAAGUUUUUUUUUAUUUUAUGUUUUGUUGUUAAAAAUUAACUGAAGUAAAAGUGAAUGAUGACUA